AUGGCUGGUAUGUCAGGCAGUGAUAUCAAGGAAGCCUGUCGGGAUGCAGCAAUGGUACCUGUGCGGGAGUUGAUUCGACAGAAGAAGGCGAAUGGAAUGCAAAUGGACGCUGUGAACCCUCAGGAAGUUCGGGGCCUUCGGACGGAAGAUUUCUUCUCUCGCGCUGGUGGUGUCAAAGUCAUUCCUCAGCCUACUUCAAUGCCCACUGGAGCUGGCAAGGUCAGCGAGAAGGAGGAUGGCGAUUGGAGCACUGAGUCUGAGGCCGCAUCAGAAGCCGAGGCUCGUCACUCUGUGAUGGCUGAACCUCCAGAAUAA